GAGGCCCGUCUCUGUCUACCGUCAGCCUCUGGGAAAUAACAUGGUCUCUCCUUGCAGCCUCACCUCUCGCCAGGGAGUCACGGUGCCUAUCGCGAUUACCUCAGCAAGCUGGAUCUCCAGUACGCCAAGCUUCUGAACUCCUCCAAGUCCCGUCUGCGUAACCUGGAGAGCCUCAACACGUUUGUUUCCAUGGCAACGAAGGAGUUGAUGUGGUUGAACGACAAGGAGGAGGAGGAGGUGAAUUAUGACUGGAGCGAGAGGAACACCAAUGUGGCUGCCAAGAAGGACAACUACUCGGGGUUGAUGAAGGAGCUGGAGUCCAAGGAGAAGAAGGUCAACUCCAUCCAGAACACCGGAGAGAAGUUGCUUCGAGAUGGUCACGCAGCCAAGCAGACGGUCGACGCCUUCAUGGCUGCCCUGCAGACCCAAUGGAGGUGGAUCCUUCAGCUGUGUUGCUGCAUCGAGGCGCAUUUGAAGGAGAACACGGCCUACUUUCAGUACUUUGCAGAUGUGAAGGAUGCAGAGAAUUUCCUCACGAAGUUGCAAGAGUCCAUGAGGAGGAAAUACACGUGUGACCGAUCGAUGACCGUGACCAGGCUGGAAGAUCUGCUGCAGGAUUCCAUUGGGGAGAAGGAGCAGCUGUCUGACUACAAGGCGCACCUGAGUGGGCUGAGCAAGCGAGCCACCACCAUCGUGCAGCUAAAGCCCCGCAGCCCAGCCCAGCACGUGCGCGGCAAGAUGCCCCUCCACGCCGUGUGUGACUACAAGCAGAUGGAGAUCACGGUGAACAAGGGGGAUGAGUACGUGCUGGUGAACAACAGCCAGCCGAGCCGCUGGAAGGUGGUGAGUGGGUCGGGCAGCGAGGCCCUGGUCCCGUCCGUCUGCUUCAUCAUCCCACCCACCAACAAGGAGGCUCUCGACGCAGCCCACAGAUUGGAGAGCAGCCACCAGUCCAUCAUCAAUCAGUGGCAUCAGCAGCACACCGACCUACAGAGCCUCCUGCCCUGGCUCUGCCUCAACCGUGACAUGCACCUCAUACGCUCAUGGACCCUGCUGCUGUUCCGGAGCCUGGACACUGAGGAGUACCAGCGUCUGCUGACCUCACUGGAGCUGCAUUAUCAGGACUUCCUGCGGCUGAGCCAGGACUCGCACGUGUUUGGUCCGGACGACCGGCUGCAGAUCGAGAGGGAAUAUCGCCUGACUACGCAGCACUACGACAAGCUGCUCCACAGCCUGGAGAAAGGUGAGGAGGUGGAGCAGAGCUGCAAGACGUUUGUGACACAGCUGAAGGACAUCCGGCUGCAGCUGGAGCGGUGCGAAGAUAGAACCAUCCACAAGAUCCGGCAGCCACUGGCCCGCGACGCACUGCUGGACUGUGGGCAGCGGCUGAGAGACCAACAGAAAAUUCAUGCGGAACUGGAGGGGAUUAAAACAAAUCUCAACUCUGUGACUGAGAAGACCAGGAAGGUGCUGUCUGCCACGGAACAGCUCAGCAGUGCCCCUGUGCUCCGGUCUGAACUUGACCUCACACUGCAGAAGAUGCAACGAGUCCACAGCCUGUCCACCGUCUACCUUGAGAAGCUGAAGACCAUCGAGGUUGUGAUUCGCGUCACGCAAGAGGCUGAAGACCUGGUGAAGAAGUACGAGAAGCAGCUGAAAGAUGUGAACAGUGUUCCCGCUGAUAGCUCAUCUCUGGAGUCCUACAAACAACAGCUGAAGGCCAUGCGUGCGGAGGUGCAGGGACACCGGCCUCUCUUCGACAGCCUGGAAGGGGAGCUGGGCAGUGCACGUGCAGUGAGCGAGCGAAUGUUGCAGAACCACAGUGAGAGAGACGUGGACCUGGACCGGUACCGGGAGUCCGUGCAGCAGCUCCGCGACCACUGGCAGGCUGUCCUGGGCCAGAUCGACAGCCGUGCCCGCGAGCUGGAGCAGCUCGGACGCCAGCUCCACUACUACCGCCAGGCCCACGACUGGCUACUGCACUGGAUGCAGGGGGCCAAGGAGCGGCAGGAAAAGCUGCAGGCAGUGCCCAUCAAUGACAGCGGUGCAUUGAGGCAGCAGCUGCAGCAGGAGCAGAAAAUCUUGCAGGAGGUUGAGAAGAACAGAGAGAAGGUGGACGAGUGUGAAAAAUUUGCCAAGCAGUACAUCGAUGCCAUCAAGGACUAUGAGCUCCAGUUGGUGACAUACAAAGUCCAGAGUGAACCUGUGGCGUCUCCUGUGAAGAAGCAGAAGCUAGUCUCGGCAUCAGAAAACGUCAUUCAGGAGAUUGUGGAUCUGAGGAGUCGCUACAUUGAGCUGAUGACACUGUCCAGCCAGUACCUGAAGUUCAUCACUGUCACCCUGCAUCGGCUGGAGAAUGAGGAGGAAGCCGCUGAGAAGAUGAAGGAGGAGGAACGUCGGCGGCUGGAAGAGGUGGAGGCGCAGUUGGAGAGGCAGAAGGAGCUGGCUGCGGCCCACGCCAAGGCCAAGGUAGAGGCAGAGAAAGCAGCCAAGGAGCUGCAACAGAGGAUCGAGCAGGAAGUGACCAGGAGGGAGGCCGUGGCAGUGGAUGCUGAGCAACAGAAGCAGAACGUGCAGCAAGAAUUCCAGCAGCUGCAAAGCUCCUCCGAGAUGGAGAUCAGGAAAAAGACUGUCAUGGUGGAGGAGGUGCUGCUGAGCCGUACCAAGGUGGAGGAGGAGAUCCGCAUUAUCCACAUCCAGCUGGUGACAGCGCAGAAGCAGAAGACGGCAGCAGAAUCAGAGCUGCUGCAGCUAAAGAAUCGCGCAGAUGAGGCAGACCGGCAGAGGAAGAUGGCCCAGGAUGAGGCAGAGAGACUGCUCCGGCAGGUCAAUGAUGAGACGUCCAAGAAGAAGCAGGCAGAGGAGCAGCUGAAGGUGAAGAUCCUGGCGGAGAGGGACGCAGCUCGGGAGAAGCAGAAGGCCUUGGAGGACCUGCAGCACUUCAAGAACGUGGCGGAGGAGGUGGAGCGGAGGAUGAAGCAGGCAGAGAUUGAGAAAGAGAAGCAACUGCUGGUUACCCAGGAGGUGGCCCGGAAAAGUGCAGCGACUGAGCUGCAGAGCAAGCGCAUGUCCUUCGAGGAGAAGACACUACAGCUGGAGAUAUCCCUGCAGCAGGAGCACCAGACAGUGGCCCAGCUGCAGCAGGAGGCAGCCGAGCUGAAGAGGCUGCAGGGGGGCGCAGAGAUGGAGCUGGAGAAAUGGAGGCAGAAGGCCGACGAGGCUCUGCGCCUGCGGUUACAAGCAGAGGAGGUGGCUCUCCAGAAAUCACUGGCGCAAGAGGAGGCAGAGAAGCAGAAGGAGGAGGCGGACCGGGAGGCGAGGCGCAGGACAAAGACGGAGGAGUCGGCGCUGCGGCAGAAGGACAUGGCAGAGCAGGAGCUGGAGAAACAGAGACGGCUGGCGGACCAGACUGCCGGGCAGAAGCUGGCUGCUGAGCAGGAGCUCAUCCGGCUGCGGGCAGAGACUGACAACGGGGAGCAGCAGAGGCUGCUCCUGGAGGAGGAACUGUACCGACUGAAGAACGAGGUGAACCAGGUCCUCCACCAGAGGAAGCUGCUGGAGGAGGAGCUGGCCCGGGUGAAGGCCGAGAUGGAGAUCUUGCUGCUGCUGAAGGUGAAGACGGAGGAGGAGACCCGGUCCACCUCAGAGAAGACCAAGCAGAUCCUGGAGAAGGAGGCGGAGAGGAUGAGGCAGCUGGCCGACGAGGCGGGCAGGCUGCGUGCUGUGGCGGAAGAGGCUAAGCGGCAGAGGCAGCUUGCCGAGGAAGAAGUGGUGCAUCAGCGCAGCGAGGCAGAGAGGAUCCUGAAAGAGAAGCUGGCAGCUAUUAACGAAGGAACCCGUCUGAAGACGGAGGCUGAGAUGGUUCUGAAGGAGAAAGAAGCGGAGAACGAGCGUUUGCGGCGCCUGGCCGAAGACGAGGCCUUCCAACGGAAGCUUCUGGAAGAACAAGCCAUGCAGCACAAGCAGGACAUUGAGCAAAGGAUUCUGCAGCUGAGGAAGAGCUCGGAUGUGGAGCUGGUGCGGCAGAAGGUGGUGGUGGAGGAGACCCUGAAGCAGAGGCGCAUUGUGGAGGAGGAGAUCAGGGUCCUGAAGCUCAACUUCGAGAAGGCCUCAGAGGGCAAGUCAGACCUGGAGAUCGAGCUGGCCAAGUUGAAGAGGGUGGCUGAGGAGACUCAGCGCAGCAAGCAGGAGGCGGAGGAGGAAGCAGAGAGGCAGCGAGGGAUGGCGGGCGAGGAGGCGAAAAGGAGGCAGGAGGCAGAGCGCAGAGUAAAGGAGAUCCUGGCGGCAGAGGAGGAAGCAGGGCGUCAGCGGCAGGCAGCCCUGGAGGAGGUGAAGCGGCUGAAGAGGAGGGCGGAGGAGGCGUGGAAGCAGAAAGAGAUGGCAGAGCAAGAGGCAGACAAGCAGGUCAGCCUUGCCCAGGAGGCGGCCCAGCAGCGGCUAGUGGCCGAGGAGAAGGCGCACCAGGCAGCCGUGCAGGAGAAGGAGGAGGAGUUGCUGCAGAGCCGGCUGCAGGAGCAGAGUGCGCUGGGCAGCCUGCGGGAGCAGGCCGAGCAGGCCCGGCGACUGGCCGAGGAGGCCCAGAAGGCCCGGGUGCAGGCAGAGCGUGAGGCCGCCCUGUGCCGACAGCAAGCCGAGGAGGCGGAGCGGCUGCAGCAACAGGCUGAGCAGGAGGCUGGCCUCAAGGCCCAGGCUCAGCAGGCCGCCGAGCAGCAGAGGAAGGAGGCUGAGCUGGAAGCUGAACGGAGAGGACAGGCCGAGCAGGCAGCUCUGAAGCAGAAGCAAGCCGCUGACGCUGACAUGGAGAAGCACAAGAAGUUUGCGGAGCAGACCCUGCGGCAGAAGGCCAGCGUGGAGCAGGAGCUGACCAAGGUCAAGCUGCGUUUGGAGCAGACGGACCACCAGAAGGAGGUGCUGGACGAAGAGCUGCAGCGGCUGAAGGCUGAGGUGAGCGAGUCCAUGAAGCAGAAGAACCAGGCGGAGGGGGAGCUCCUGAAGGUGCGGGUACAGAUGGAGGAGCUGAUCAAACUGAAGGGCAGGAUUGAGGAGGAGAACAAGAUGCUGGUGCUGAAGGACAAGGACAACACCCAGAAGCACCUGGCGGAGGAGGCAGAGAAGAUGCGGCAGCUGGCAGAGGAGGCGGCCCGCCUCAGCGUGGAAGCCCAGGAGGCUGCCCGGCAGAGGAGACUGGCCGAGGAAGACCUGGCCCAGCAGCGGGCUCUGGCCGACAAGAUGCUGAAGGAGAAGAUGCAGGCCAUCCAGGAGGCGAGCAGGCUCAAGGCCGAGGCUGAGAUGCUGCAGAAGCAGAGAGACAAGGCGCAGCAGCAGGCCAAGAAACUGUCCAAGGACAAGCAGGAGAUGCAGCAACGUCGCCAUGAGGAGGCAGAGGAGUUCCAGAAGGCUUUGGAGGAGGAGCGGAGACGGCAGCAGGAGAUCAGCGACGAAGCCGAUCAGCUGAAGGCUCUGGUAUCGGAACUGACAGAUGCCCAGGGCAAGGCAGAGAGGGAGGCUCAGAAGUUCAAGGAUGAGGCAAAACAGAUCGACUUGAGGCUUCAUGAAACUGAGCAGAGCACCAGGGAAAAGAACAGCAUUGUGGAGAGACUGGAGCACAAGUGGAAGCAGAGCAAGCAGGAGGCGAGCGAGUUGCAGAAGGCUAUCGCUGAGCUGGAGAGUGAGAAGGAGAAGCUGAGGAAAGAGGCAGAGUUGCUGCAUCAGAAAACCAAGGAGAUGGAGGCAGGGAAAAAUAAAGAAAUUGUCCACACCACGCAGGUCCUUCAACAAUCCUUUCUCAGUGAAAAGGAGCUGCUCAUCAGAAAAGAGAAGAUGAUUGAGGCGGAGAAGCAGAAGUUGGAGCAUCUAUAUGAGGAUGAGCUGGAGAAAUCCAAGUCUCUGAAGGAUGAACAGAUGAAGGAAAUGAAGAGACUCAAGGACGACAAGGCCCGACUUCAGGAUAGUAUGGAUGAAGCACUCAGGAUGCAGAGAGAGGCUGAGGACCAAGUCCAGGAGAAGCAGAGAGAGCUUCUGGAAAUGGAGAAGAGGAGACAGGAGAAAGAGAAGCAGCUGGCUGAUGAGAACCAAGCACUCAGGGAAUUGCUGGAGCAACUGAAAGCUCAGAAGCUUGAAGUUAUAUCCAAAGAGACCGCCAAAGUGCAGGCAGCGACUGCCCCCACUCUGGGAGCUCUUGCCAACGGUCGGGAUGUGGUGGACUCUGCCCAGGAAAGUGCCGAGGCUGCGUUCUCCUUCAGUGGCCUGCGCCAGUCGGUGCCAGCCGCUCGCCUACAUCAGGUGGGCAUUCUCAGCAAGAAGCAGUUGGACAAACUGAAGAAAGGAUCCGUCUCUGUCAAGGAUCUGUCGCAGAAGGAAGAUGUUCAGAACUAUCUGCAGGGCAAGAGUUGUGUUGCUGGCCUGAUCAUUCAGCCCUCAAAGGAGAAAGUCAGCAUUUACCAGGCAAUGAAAAGGGGACAAUUAAAGCCCACCACAGCUACGGUGUUGCUGGAGGCUCAGGCAGCAUCCGGCUUCAUCAUUGACCCGGCAAAGAACAGGAAAUUGCCCGUCAACGAGGCCAUCAGGGAAGGUGUGGUCGGACCAGAGCUGCAGGAGAAACUGCUAUCUGCUGAGAGGGCAGUGACAGGUUACAGGGACCCCUACACUGGCGACCAGAUCUCCUUGUUUCAAGCAAUGCAAAAGGACUUGAUAUCCCCAAGUUACGCCAUCCGUUUGCUGCAGGCACAGAUUGCCACUGGUGGUGUCAUUGAUCCAGUGAACAGCCAUCGCAUGCCCCUGGCCCAGGCAUACAAACAGGGUAUAUUCACUGAGGACAUGAAUAAAAUAGUUGCAGGAGAUAGUGACAAUGCCAAGGCAUUCUUUGACCCCAACACACAGGAGAACUUAACGUAUCUCCAGCUCCUGGACAGGUGUCAGAAGGAUCAGGAAUCUGGCCUUUUUCUCUUGCCAUUGACCGAGGGAGCAGAGACAAAAAAGGGAGGAUAUACCAUGGAACAGACACACGACAUCUUCAAAACAGCCACUGUAUCUGUGCCAGUCGGGAAAUUCUCUGGGAAAACCGUGACAAUCUGGGAUUUGAUCAACUCAGAGUACAUCACCGAAGAACAACGCCGGGACCUUAUUCGUCAGUACAGGUCAGGAAAGAUCACCAUCGAACACAUCAUUAAAUUCAUCAUUACCACCAUUGAUGAAACUGAGACCAAGAAGCAGCUGCUCUUCCCUGGACUACGGGACAAGGUUCCUGCCAGCGAGUUGUUGGAAUCGAAGAUCAUUGACAAGAAGACGUUUGAUGGACUGCAGAAAGGAAAGGCAACACCUGAAGAUGUGAGCAAGUUGGAAUCGGUGCGGAAAUUUCUUCAGGGGUCGGAGAGCAUUGCUGGAGUGUUUGUGGAACCCACCCAAGAGACAAUGAGCUUCUAUGAAGCAAUGAAGAAGAACCUGCUGAGACCAAGAACAGCGGAGAUCUUACUGGAAGCUCAGGCAGCAACAGGGUUCCUUGUGGACCCUGUGCAGAAUCGCACCCUCACCGUCGAUGAGGCAGUGAAGGAUGGACUCGUUGGGCCAGAACUCCAUGAGAAGCUACUGGCUGCGGAGAAAGCAGUAACAGGAUAUACGGACCCUUACACCGGGCGUAAGGUCUCCUUGUUUGAAGCAAUGACAAAGGAACUGGUACCCAAAGACCAUGGAGUUCAGCUCCUGCAGGCUCAGGUGGCAUCUGGUGGCAUCAUUGACCCCAACACCAGCCAUCGGCUGCCCAUGGACAUGGCCUACAAACGGGGAAUGUUUGAUGAGGAAAUGAACCAGUUGGUGACCACUCCCAGUGAGAACACUAAAGGGUUCAUUGAACCAAAUACAGACGAACAUGUCACCUACCAACAGCUGAAGCAGAGAUGCAGAAGUGACCCUGAGACCAACCUUUCUCUGUUACCCCUGACGGAAGAAGCUGUGAAGAGAGUGGACCUUCACCCAGAGGAGGUCACCAAGGACGUUUUCCAAAAGGCUGUGGUGAGUGUCCCAUCAGGAAAAUUCGCUGGGAAAACCGUGACAAUCUGGGAGUUGAUCAACUCAGAGUACAUUACCGAAGAUCAACGCCGUGACCUAAUGUGGCAGUAUAGGUCAGGAAAGGUCACCAUCGAACACAUCAUUAAAUUCAUCAUUACCACCAUUGAUGAAACUGAGACCAAGAAGCAGCUGCUCUUCCCUGGGCUACGGGACAAGGUUCCUGCCAGCGAGUUGUUGGAAUCGAAGAUCAUCAACAAGAAGACGUUUGAUGGACUGCAGAAAGGAAAGGCAACACCUGAAGAUGUGAGCAAGUUGGAGUCGGUGAGGAAAUACCUUCAGGGGUCGGAGAGCAUCGCUGGAGUGUUUGUGGAACCCACCCAGGAGACAAUGAGCUUCUAUGAAGCAAUGAAGAAGAACCUGCUGAGACCAAGAACAGCGGAGAUCUUACUGGAAGCUCAGGCAGCAACAGGGUUCCUCGUGGAUCCUGUGCAGAAUCGCACCCUCACCGUCGAUGAGGCAGUGAAGGAUGGACUCGUUGGGCCAGAACUCCAUGAGAAGCUACUGGCUGCAGAGAGAGCGGUAACGGGAUAUACGGACCCUUACACCGGGCGUAAGGUCUCCUUGUUUGAAGCAAUGACAAAGGAACUGGUACCCAAAGACCAUGGCGUGCAGCUCCUGCAGGCUCAGGUGGCAUCUGGUGGCAUCAUUGACCCCAGCACCAGCCAUCGACUGCCCAUGGACGUGGCCUACAAGCGGGGAAUGUUUGAUGAGGAAAUGAACCAGCUGGUGACCACUCCCAGUGAGAACACGGUAGGCUUCUAUGAUCCAAACAUGGAUGAGAGCGUCAGCUACCAACGGCUGAAGGAGAGGUGCAGAAAGGAUGCAGGGUCAGGUCGGCUCUUGUUACCCUUGAGUGAGAAAGCAAUAUCAUCAAAACCUGUUUAUGAUGAAGAGCAGACCAGAGAUACAUUUGGGAAGACAACACUGUCUGUUCCAGCUGGCAUCUACUCUGGGAAAUCUGUCAGCAUCUUGGAGCUUAUUAAUUCGGAAUACUUUACCGAGGAGCAGAGGAAGGAUCUGAUUCGACAGUAUCGGUCAGGGAAGGUGACAGUGGAAAAGAUCAUCAGAAUUGUCAUCACGGUGAUUGAAGAGAAAGAAACAAAGAAAAAACCACAGCUGCUCUUCCCCGGACUACGGGACAAGGUUCCUGCCAGCGAGUUGUUGGAAUCGAAGAUCAUCAACAAGAAGACGUUUGAUGGACUGCAGAAAGGAAAGGCAACACCUGAAGAUGUGAGCAAGUUGGAGUCGGUGAGGAAAUACCUUCAGGGGUCGGAGAGCAUCGCUGGAGUGUUUGUGGAACCCACCCAGGAGACAAUGAGCUUCUAUGAAGCAAUGAAGAAGAACCUGCUGAGUCCAAGAACAGCGGAGAUCUUACUGGAAGCUCAGGCAGCAACAGGGUUCCUCGUGGACCCUGUGCAGAAUCGCACCCUCACCGUCGAUGAGGCAGUGAAGGAUGGACUCGUUGGGCCAGAACUCCAUGAGAAGCUACUGGCUGCAGAGAAAGCAGUAACGGGAUAUACGGACCCUUACACCGGGCGUAAGGUCUCCUUGUUUGAAGCAAUGACAAAGGAACUGGUACCCAAAGACCAUGGAGUGCAACUCCUGCAGGCUCAGGUGGCAUCUGGUGGCAUCAUUGACCCCAACACCAGCCAUCGGCUGCCCAUGGACGUGGCUUACAAGCGGGGAAUGUUUGAUGAGGAAAUGAACCAGUUGGUGACCACUCCCAGUGAGAACACGGUAGGCUUCUAUGAUCCAAACAUGGAUGAGAGCGUCAGCUACCAACGGCUGAAGGAGAGGUGCAGAAAGGAUGCAGGGUCAGGUCGGCUCUUGUUGCCCUUGAGUGAGAAAGCAAUAUCAUCAAAACCUGUUUAUGAUGAAGAGCAGACCAGAGAUACUUUUGGGAAGACAACAGUGUCUGUUCCAGCUGGCAACUUCUCUGGGAAAACUGUCAGCAUCUUGGAGCUUAUUAAUUCGGAAUACUUUACCGAGGAGCAGAGGAAGGAUCUGAUUCGACAGUAUCGGUCAGGGAAGGUGACAGUGGAAAAGAUCAUCAGAAUUGUCAUCACGGUGAUUGAAGAGAAAGAAACAAAGAAAAAACCACAGCUGCUCUUCCCCGGACUACGGGACAAGGUUCCUGCCAGCGAGUUGUUGGAAUCGAAGAUCAUUGACAAGAAGACGUUUGAUGGACUGCAGAAAGGAAAGGCAACACCUGAAGAUGUGAGCAAGUUGGAAUCGGUGAGGAAAUUCCUUCAGGGGUCGGAGAGCAUCGCUGGAGUGUUUGUGGAGCCCACCCAGGAGACAAUGAGCUUCUAUGAAGCAAUGAAGAAGAACCUGCUGAGACCAAGAACAGCGGAGAUCUUACUAGAAGCUCAGGCAGCAACAGGGUUCCUCGUGGACCCUGUGCAGAAUCGCACCCUCACCGUCGAUGAGGCAGUGAAGGAUGGACUCGUUGGGCCAGAACUCCAUGAGAAGCUACUGGCUGCGGAGAAAGCAGUCACGGGAUAUACGGACCCUUACACCGGGCGUAAGGUCUCCUUGUUUGAAGCAAUGACAAAGGAACUGGUACCCAAAGACCAUGGUGUGCAGCUCCUGCAGGCUCAGGUGGCAUCUGGUGGCAUCAUUGACCCCAACACCAGCCAUCGGCUGCCCAUGGACGUGGCCUACAAACGGGGAAUGUUUGAUGAGGAGAUGAACCAGUUUGUGACCACUCCCAGUGAGAACACUAAAGGUUUCAUUGAACCAAAUACAGACGAACAUGUCACCUACCAACAGCUGAAGCAGAGAUGCAGAAGUGACCCUGAGACCAACCUUUCUCUGUUACCCCUGACGGAAGAAGCUGUGAAGAGAGUGGACCUUCAUCCAGAGGAGGUCACCAAGGACGUUUUGCAAAAGGCUGUGGUGAGUGUCCCAUCAGGAAAAUUCUCUGGGAAAACCGUGACAAUCUGGGAGUUGAUCAACUCGGAGUACAUCACCGAAGAUCAACGCCGUGACCUAAUGUGGCAGUACAGGUCAGGAAAGGUCACCAUCGAACACAUCAUUAAAUUCAUCAUUACCACCAUUGAUGAAACGGAGACCAAGAAGCAGCUGCUCUUCCCCGGACUACGGGACAAGGUUCCUGCCAGCGAGUUGUUGGAAUCGAAGAUCAUCAACAAGAAGACGUUUGAUGGACUGCAGAAAGGAAAGGCAACACCUGAAGAUGUGAGCAAGUUGGAGUCGGUGAGGAAAUACCUUCAGGGGUCGGAGAGCAUCGCUGGAGUGUUUGUGGAACCCACCCAAGAGACAAUGAGCUUCUAUGAAGCAAUGAAGAAGAACCUGCUGAGACCAAGAACAGCGGAGAUCUUACUGGAAGCUCAGGCUGCAACAGGGUUUCUCGUGGACCCUGUGCAGAAUCGCACCCUCACCGUCGAUGAGGCAGUGAAGGAUGGACUCGUUGGGCCAGAACUCCAUGAGAAGCUACUGGCUGCAGAGAGAGCGGUAACGGGAUAUACGGACCCUUACUCCGGGCGUAAGGUCUCCUUGUUUGAAGCAAUGACAAAGGAACUGGUACCCAAAGACCAUGGAGUGCAACUCCUGCAGGCUCAGGUGGCAUCUGGUGGCAUCAUUGACCCCAACACCAGCCAUCGGCUGCCCAUGGACGUGGCCUACAAGCGGGGAAUGUUUGAUGAGGAAAUGAACCAGUUGGUGACCACUCCCAGUGAAAACACGGUAGGCUUCUAUGAUCCAAACAUGGAUGAGAGCGUCAGCUACCAACGGCUGAAGGAGAGGUGCAGAACGGAUGCAGGGUCAGGUCGGCUCUUGUUGCCCUUGAGUGAGAAAGCAAUAUCAUCAAAACCUGUUUAUGAUGAAGAGCAGACCAGAGAUACAUUUGGGAAGACAACAUUGUCUGUUCCAGCUGGCAUCUACUCUGGGAAAUCUGUCAGCAUCUUGGAGCUUAUUAAUUCGGAAUACUUUACGGAGGAGCAGAGAAAGGAUCUGAUUCGACAGUAUCGGUCAGGGAAGGUGACAGUGGAAAAGAUCAUCAGAAUUGUCAUCACGGUGAUUGAAGAGAAAGAAACAAAGAAAAAACCACAGCUGCUCUUCCCCGGACUACGGGACAAGGUUCCUGCCAGCGAGUUGUUGGAAUCGAAGAUCAUCAACCAGAAGACGUUUGAUGGACUGCAGAAAGGAAAGGCAACACCUGAAGAUGUGAGCAAGUUGGAGUCGGUGAGGAAAUACCUUCAGGGGUCGGAGAGCAUCGCUGGAGUGUUUGUGGAACCCACCCAGGAGACAAUGAGCUUCUAUGAAGCAAUGAAGAAGAACCUGCUGAGACCAAGAACAGCGGAGAUCUUACUGGAAGCUCAGGCAGCAACAGGGUUCCUCGUGGACCCUGUGCUGAAUCGCACUCUCACCGUCGAUGAGGCAGUGAAGCAUGGACUCGUUGGGCCAGAACUCCAUGAGAAGCUACUGGCUGCGGAGAAAGCAGUCACGGGAUAUACGGACCCUUACACCGGGCGUAAGGUCUCGUUGUUUGAAGCAAUGACAAAGGAACUGGUACCCAAAGACCAUGGAGUUCAGCUCCUGCAGGCUCAGGUGGCAUCUGGUGGCAUCAUUGACCCCAACACCAGCCAUCGGCUGCCUAUGGACGUGGCCUACAAGCGGGGAAUGUUUGAUGAGCAGAUGAACCAGUUGGUGACCACGCCCAGUGAGAACACUAAAGGUUUCAUUGAACCAAAUACAGACGAACAUGUCACCUACCAACAGCUGAUGCAGAGAUGCAGAUGUGACCCUGAGACCAACCUUUCCCUGUUACCCCUGACGGAAGAAGCUGUGAAGAGAGUGGACCUUCACCCAGAAGAGGUCACCAAGGACGUUUUCCAAAAGGCUGUGGUGAGUGUCCCAUCUGGAAAAUUCUCUGGGAAAACCGUGACAAUCUGGGAGUUGAUCAACUCAGAGUACAUCACCGAAGAUCAACGCCGUGACCUAAUGUGGCAGUACAGGUCAGGAAAGGUCACCAUCGAACACAUUAUUAAAUUCAUCAUUAACACCAUUGAUGAAACUGAGACCAAGAAGCAGCUGCUCUUCCCCGGACUACGGGACAAGGUUCCUGUCAGCGAGUUGUUGGAAUCGAAGAUCAUCAACAAGAAGACGUUUGAUGGACUGCAGAAAGGAAAGGCAACACCUGAAGAUGUGAGCAAGUUGGAGUCGGUGAGGAAAUACCUUCAGGGGUCGGAGAGCAUCGCUGGAGUCUUUGUGGAGCCCACCCAGGAGACAAUGAGCUUCUAUGAAGCAAUGAAGAAGAACCUGCUGAGUCCAAGAACAGCGGAGAUGUUACUGGAAGCUCAGGCAGCAACAGGGUUCCUCGUGGACCCUGUGCAGAAUCGCACCCUCACCGUCGAUGAGGCAGUGAAGGAUGGACUCGUUGGGCCAGAACUCCAUGAGAAGCUACUGGCUGCAGAGAAAGCAGUCACCGGAUAUACGGACCCUUACACCGGGCGUAAGGUCUCCUUGUUUGAAGCAAUGAGAAAGGAACUUGUAACCAAAGAUCAUGGAGUUCAGCUCCUGCAGGCUCAGGUGGCAUCUGGUGGCAUCAUUGACCCCAACACCAGCCAUCGGCUGCCCAUGGACGUGGCCUACAAGCGGGGAAUGUUUGAUGAGGAGAUGAACCAGUUGGUGACCACUCCCAGUGAGAACACUAAAGGUUUCAUUGAACCAAAUACAGACGAACAUGUCACCUACCAACAGCUGAAGCAGAGAUGCAGAAGUGACCCUGAGACCAACUUUUUCCUGUUACCCCUAACAGAGGAAGCAGUGAAAAGAGUGGACCUUCACCCAGAGGAGGUCACCAAGGAUGUUUUCCAAAAGGCUGUAGUGAGUGUCCCAUCUGGAAAAUUUUCUGGGAAAACGGUCACAAUCUGGGAGUUGAUCAACUCAGAAUAUUUCACCGAAGAUCAACGCCGCGACCUUAUCCGACAGUACAGGUCAGGCAAAGUAACCGUAGAGAAAAUCAUUACAAUUGUGGUAACAAUCAUUGAGGAACGUGAGGUGAAGAGAAAACCACAAAUUACUUUCGCUGGUCUAAGGGACAGGGUUCCUGCCAGCGAGUUGUUAGAAUCACAUAUCAUCAACAAGAAGACGUUUGAUGGACUGCAGAAAGGAAAGGCAACAACUGAAGAUGUGAGCAAGUUGGAGUCGGUGAGGAAAUACCUUCAGGGGUCGGAGAGCAUCGCUGGAGUAUUUGUGGAACCCACCCAGGAGACAAUGAGCUUCUAUGAAGCAAUGAAGAAGAACAUGCUGAGACCAAGAACAGCGGAGAUCUUACUGGAAGCGCAGGCAGCAACAGGGUUCCUCGUGGACCCUGUGCAGAAUCGCACCCUCACCGUCGAUGAGGCAGUGAAGGAUGGACUCGUUGGGCCAGAACUCCAUGAGAAGCUACUGGCUGCGGAGAAAGCGGUAACAGGAUAUACGGACCCUUACACCGGGCGUAAGGUCUCCUUGUUUGAAGCAAUGACAAAGGAACUUGUAACCAAAGACCAUGGAGUGCAGCUCCUGCAGGCACAGGUGGCAUCUGGUGGCAUCAUUGACCCCAACACCAGCCAUCGGCUGCCCAUGGACGUGGCUUACAAACGGGGAAUGUUUGAUGUGGAGAUGAACCAAAGCUUCUGUGAUGCUCGUGAUGAUGCCAAGAGAUUUAUUGAUCCCAACACUACGGAAGAAGUCACCUAUCAGCAACUGAAGAAUAGGUGCAUUUCUGAUCCAGGAAGUGGUCUGUACCUCUUGUCCAUGACGGAGGGAGAAAAGCCCAGAGUUGUUGAAAACCCAGUCUACAGCGCGGCUCAAAUGCAGAAGGAAUUUGAGAACACAAAAGUGGAAAUUCCUUCAGGGGCUCUGGGUGGGAAGUCGAUGUCAGUGUGGGAGAUCUUACAAUCUGAAUACAUCUCUGAGCAGGAGAGGACCAGGCUAACAAGAGAGUUUCAAAUGGGAAAGCUCACCCGAGAGCGUUUAGUGUUGAUAAUCAUCGAGAUCAUAGAGCGUGUAGAAAUUUACCAUGGAUACGAGAUGAUCAGCUUCCACAGCUUCCGGGGCAACGUUUCUGCAGAUCAUCUCUACGCCUCAGGAAUUAUUGAUCAGGAGACGCUCAGGAAACUGAGGGAGAGGCAGAUGACAGUGCAGCAGGUGUGUGAAAUGGAGAAGGUGAAGAUGUUCCUGUUUGGCACAGGUGCUGUCAGUGGCGUAUACAAGGCUGCUGUCAAGGAGGUGUCAAGUCUGUAUCAAGCCAUGAAGAAAGACUGGGUGAAACCAGAGGUGGCACUUUCUCUGCUUGAGGCCCAGGCCGCGACUGGCUUUAUUCUGGAUCCAGUGAAGAAUAUGCGCCUGACGGUGGACGAAGCUGUUAAGGAUGGCGUGGUGGGUCCUGAGUUCCACGACAAGCUGCUGUCGGCAGAGAGAGCUGUCACUGGCUACCGGGACCCGUACACGGGCAAGAACAUCUCCCUCUUCCAGGCUAUGAGGAAAGGGCUGAUUGGGAAAGACUACGCAAUUCGCUUGCUUGAUGCUCAGCUGGCCACAGGAGGAAUCAUCGACCCGCAGUACAGCCAUCACCUGCCUCUGGAAGUUGCAUUUCAACGGGGUUACCUGGACCGUGAGACCUACAACCUCAUCACAGACCCAGCCUCAGGGACACAAGGAUUCCUUGACCCCAGCACCGACGAGCUGUUAACUUACACUCAGCUGCUGGCAAAGUGCAAAACUGACGAAAAGUCAGGCCACCGUCUUUUGAACCUGACCGACAGGAAACGGUUAAUAUUCAAGGGUCUACGCAAACAGAUCACCAUGGACCAACUCCUAGAAUCAAAGAUCAUUGAAAGUUCCGUAGCUGAGAGGCUGGAGCAAGGUGAAACCACUGUGGAAGAAGUUAGUGACAGUAUCAGGAAAUAUCUGGAAGGCACCAGUUGUAUUUCAGGAGUGUUUGUCGAGGCCUCGAAGGAGAGACUGUCCAUUUACCGGGCUAUGAAGAAGGGCAUGAUCAGACCUGGGACUGCCUUCGAACUGUUGGAGGCCCAAGCGGCAACAGGCUAUAUGAUUGACCCGAUCAAAAACCUGAAGCUAACUGUUGCUGAGGCUGUCAAGGCAGGAGUGGUGGGCCCAGAGUUUAAAGACAAGCUCUUGUCAGCGGAGCGUGCCGUCACUGGUUACAAAGACCCAUAUUCAGGGAAGCUGCUGUCUCUCUUCCAAGCUAUGCAGAAAGGCUUAAUUGUGAAAGACCAUGGGAUCCGCCUGCUGGAGUCACAGAUCGCCACGGGAGGUAUCAUUGACCCUGAGCACAGUCAUCGUCUCCCGGUAGAGAUGGCCUAUGAGCGCGGGCUGUUUGAUGUGGAGAUGAACAAGAUACUGUUAGAUCCAGGUGAUGAUACCAAAGGGUUCUUUGAUCCAAACACAGAGGAAAACCUCACCUACUUGCAGCUGAUGGAGCGGUGUAUGGUGGAUUCGGACACUGGACUCUGCUUAUUGCCACUGAAGGAGAAGAAGCGAGAGAGGAAGACUUCUUCCAAGUCCUCAGUCCGCAAGCGAAGGGUAGUGAUUGUAGAUCCUGAGACAGGCAAAGAAAUGUCCGUGUAUGAGGCUUAUCGUAAAGGACUGAUUGACCAUCAGACAUACACCGAGCUGUCUGAGCAGGAGUGUGAAUGGGAGGAAGUGACAAUCUCUUCAUCAGAUGGUGUUGUAAAGUCAAUGAUCACGGACAGAAGAUCUGGGAAACAAUAUGACAUUGACGAUGCUUUGGCCAAUGGUUUGAUUGACCAAGGGUCUCUGGACCUGUACCGCUCAGGGGCUUUGUCCAUCACUGAAUUUGCUGACAUGUUAUCAGGAAACAUGAGUGGAUUCCGCUCGAGAUCUUCCUCAGUUGGAUCUUCAUCUUCAUACACAAGCCAACAGUCCAGCCCAAUGAGAAGCCACGUGGUUGCCUGGAGUGACCCAGUGGAGGAGACUGGUCCAGUUGCUGGCAUCCUGGACACUGAUACCCUGGAGAAAGUUUCCAUCACAGAAGCAAUGCGCCGAAACCUGGUGGACAACAUCACUGGCCAACGCCUGCUCGAAGCUCAGGCAUGCACUGGAGGAAUCAUCGACCCCAACACUGGAGAGAAGUAUUCGGUCGCAGAUGCUGUGGGCCAAAACCUGGUCGACAAGAUUAUGGUGGACAGGAUCAAUCUGGCUCAGAAGGCUUUCCAUGGGUUUGAGGACCCCAGAACCAAGUCGAAGAUGUCUGCUGCCCAGGCCUUGAAGAAAGGCUGGCUGUACUAUGAAGCUGGCCAGAGGUUCCUGGAGGUGCAGUACCUGACCGGAGGACUGAUUGAACCAGACGUGUCUGGACGGGUUUCCUUGGACGAAGCUUUGGGGAAGGGCACCAUUGAUGCCCGCACGGCACAAAAGCUAAGGGAUGUUGGGGCCUAUGCAAAAUAUAUCACUUGCCCCAAGACCAAACUGAAGAUUUCCUACAAGGAUGCAAUGGAUCGAUCCAUGGUUGAGGAAGGAUCUAGUCUGCGUCUGUUGGAAGCCUCUUCGCAAUCCUCCAAAGGAUACUACAGCCCCUACAGCGUGGGCGGGUCUGGUUCUUCGGCAGGAUCACGAUCAGGUUCCAAAACAGGAUCCAGAACAGGCUCCAGACGAGGGAGCAUUGAUGCUACUGGAUCUGGUUACUCCAUGUCCUUCUCCUCCUCCUCCUACACGUCCUCCAACUAUGGGCGGAGGCUGCCAGCCAGCAUCCCUGGGGGCAAGGCACUGAGUCAGACUUCCCCACAGUCCCUCUUCAGUCAAGGAGAUAGCCCAGCAUAGGUUGCCAGAGGUGGCAAUCAUGCAAUGCCAGCCUCCCCACCUCAGACCCACCACCCUGCUCUGCAACUAGAAACACCUCCAGCGGUCGCAGUUUAACGGCGAGCAACAGAAUCACUACGGGAAGUUGUGCAAAUAAAUUCAUUUUAAUUUUGCAUCACCUCAGUUCCUCUGAAUUUUAAAUAAUAUUGGAAUUUACAAUGGAUCAGAUGGAAUGUUGUGCACAUGUUUGGACUAAAGGAUCUAUUUAUGGGAAUUAUUUGAGUGUGUGCCGUUCCACUGGAUGGUCCUGUCGCUUUUUGCAGAGCAAGGUGGACUAAUCCUGAACCACUGCUGCCAGCUCCCACAGAAGCCUGGGAAGAUUGUAAUCUCGCAACUGUAAACCUUCUCGAUGAAUGCACUGACCACAACGUGCCCAGCUUUUUCUGCCUGUCAUCAGACAAAUGCUGCAAUUAUUAAUUGAACUGUAAUAAAGACAAUGCUGUUAAUCCAAA